AUGCCCGGGAAAAUCCCGAGCAAGAACCGUGAGCUGUGUCGCAUCGCACUGUGCCUAGCGGUCAUGGUCUUGACGACAGUCGCCGAGGACACGCCGACGAAUACAGUCUGGUUUCCUUCGGAUUCGCCGCCACUCAAGAGCAAUGCGUUACAGAGGUUGCUCAAGCUCUUAGGGAAGUACGGGUCUGAUGACCCGAGGAGCCUGAAGAGAGUGUAUCUGAGCAACAGGUCGAUCACUUGCAACGACGGAUCGCAGGCUGGUUUCUACCUACGAAAGUCCCAGUCCUCCAAACAGUGGGUCGUAUACCUGGAGGGCGGCUGGUACUGCUACGAUCACACGAGCUGUAGGAACAGGUGGCUGCGGCUGCGGCAUUUGAUGACGUCAACCCAGUGGCCUGAUACACGUGACGUGGGCGGAUUGCUUUCACCAAAUGAAGAUGAGAAUCCAUUCUGGUACAACGCGAAUCACGUUUUCGUUCCGUACUGUACGAGCGACAGCUGGAGCGGCACCAGAGCUACGCCGGAAGGCAUGUUCUCGUUUAUGGGGGCAGAGGUGCUAGUCCAGGUUGUUCGAGACUUGAUUCCCCUCGGUCUCGAAGGCGCGCGCUCCUUACUGCUGGCUGGCAGCAGUGCGGGCGGCACGGGUGUCAUGCUGAAUUUGGAUCGUAUUCACAACCUGGUGCACCAUGAAUUAGGCUUGAAGCACGUCGACAUACGCGGCGUGUCAGAUUCCGGAUGGUUCUUGGAUAGAGUGCCCUACUCUCCGAACGGGCCGGCGUCCAUCGGCGCGAUACACAAGGGAAUGGACCUGUGGAAGUCUCGGAUGCCUCAUAAUUGCGUCGCUAAGUACCCUAUCGAGCCGUGGAGGUGUUUCUUCGGUUAUCGACUUUAUCCGACCUUGUCCGCACCAUUGUUCGUUUUCCAAUGGCUAUUCGACGAGGCGCAGAUGUCGGUCGAUAAUGUGGGCUCACCGGUGACGAAACAACAAUGGGAUUACAUACAUAAAAUGGGUGACAGCAUGCGGCGUACGCUGACGAACGUUACCGCAGUCUUCGCUCCCAGCUGCAUCAGUCACAGCGUUCUAACGAAGAAAGAUUGGAACAUGGUUAAAAUAGACGACAUUUCCUUGCCGCAGGCGUUACAUUGUUGGGAGCAGAUGCCGAUCGGGAAUCAGCGCAACAACACUACUCGCUCGCAAAUCGAGACCAAUCAACCGUGCGCGAAGUCGCUAAGGAAGAUGCUGCGUUCCGGUGCUAGGAAAGGAAAUGGCACCUCGGUCGAAAGUGGAAGAAGCAACGCUAAAUCUUCCACGGGAACGCAAAAAGAUCGACCGGCCGUCGCUGGCAAAACGCAGAAGAGGAAGAUGGCCUCCGACUCGAAUCAAGAGCGGGAGAACAAGAAGAGACGAAGAGGGAAAAACAAAGGCAAAAGGAGAGAGAGGAACAGGGCGGAGAGGAGAAUGAAGAAAGAGAAGCACGAGCGAAGAAAAGCCGCCGGACGCCGCAAAGGCGGCAAGCAGAAUAAUGGCAACAAUCAUACAGCUAUGUUUAACGGCACCCGGCCGCAACGAUCGGUAAUACCGUCGGGCAAACGGAAGUGCGUUCAAGGCUGCCAUUUCCGUUUGAUCGAGCGUUGUACUUGGCCGCAAUGUAACCAUAGCUGUCCCAAGCUUCAUAAUCCCUAUACGGGUGAGGAAAUGGACUUCAUCGAACUGCUCAAGAGCUUCGGCCUGGAUAUGAAAAGCGUCGCGAACGCUCUUGGUAUCGACAUACACACCUUGAAUAGUAUGGAUCACGAGGAGUUACUGAAUCUUCUGACGCAACGCGCGAACUAACGAAGGACAUUCUGCCACAAAUACACAAGGUUUCCUUGUUCGCUGUACCGAUAUCUCUGAUGAUAUUUCCAAAGUCAGAACUCGAUAUUUACGUACAAUCUCGAAUGCCACGUCUGAGGUGACGUGGAUGCUUCGUAUCGGCGUGAUACUAUAGUAGCCAAUAUUAUAGUACUUAAGUUCAGCAAGAAUACACAUUAUUACUAGCGAGAGUGAUUAAAAAUGAUGAAAAGUCGUCUGAGAGACCAGACAGAUAUAAAAAGUAAGUUGGACAGAUAUAUAGAAAAAGAUAAAUAAAACGAAUUGUGCCGUACUCUCGUUCUAACAACGAGAGUUCUUAAGAAUAAAGGAAAAUUCAAACGUUCGCGGUAUAAACUCUGCGAUACAUCUGGAUCUAAUUAUCGCAGUUAUUUAGCUAAAACUUGAAGGAGCGUAGUAUUCCUUCGAAGAUUAACGGAGAGACUGCCGAGUGACUGCCGAUAACUUAUUAGUUACGCUCACGGAAAAGAAAUGCGGGAGGUAUCAUUUUCUUUUUCCGUGCAACCAACAGCAUUUAACAAAAUAAAGUAGGAACGUUUGGAACAAAGACGUGUAACGCGACUACGUUUUACCAAAAUAAAUGUAUAUAACUUCAUAGAGAGACCUGGUGCGCUUGCAGAACUCGUUUCUCAGAUAAGAUGAAAGCGACAAGAUAGCGGAAAUAUCGAUUGGCGUUUGUGCCGAGGAGCGAAGAAAAUGAGAGUUCUGGUACGCAAAAAGUGUAUAUUUUAUUGUAACUGUACGAUUACACGAGUAUACCUUAAUUUAUUAUAGUCCGUAGGGAUGAAAUAAUUGAAUAUGUAACUAUGUUAUACGAACUAAUUCAACGUUCAUGACGCGAUUUCACAGCCGAAAUCAGAUCGGGUGGGAGAGCGCCGUCUCAACGGAACCUUCUCAACUUCGUACCUGUUCGAAUGCAAUGCUUUUCAUUUCGAUCGUCCUCCCAUUGUCCUUUGUCAAAAGAUCUUUUCCUUGGAACGUAUUUUCCGUCAGGGUAUUUCACUUUAUUCGUCGCCGUGCAAAUAGAUCGAUCGCGAAUUCAAUUCGCCGUAUCAUUUUAAGAAUCUGCGUGACACGCACGAAAGACUGCACAAAGGAUCUUCCAAUGGUAAACGGGACUGACUUUAUUUUAUUUUUUUUUAUUUUACGUAACGUCGAGACGGAUAUUCGCCAGUAAACAACGGCCAACCGACCGACGAAGCAGCUUCAUAGACUGAUUAAAUUAUCUACCUCAACGAAUCAAAUCGUAUUAACGUCCUUCAUGUACUAUAAUCGUCAACUUAGAACAUCACGAUAAGAACAGUUACUGUAAGUUCACGCGUGUAAAAUAUAUAUUGUACCUAUGUCUCCAACUCUGUAAUAUAGCUGCUAACGUAAUGUUUAUUUAUUUAAUGUAGCAUAGAAUCCGUGAUUGCGGCGGCGCGUAUUUUUGGUCAGCGUGCGUUCAUACGUACACUGAUAUUCGAAAGAACUUUAUUUUGGGAUUUAAUUUAUUUCCGUAAAUUAUAAUCCUGUGUACACGAAUACGAUCGGAAUAAUAAUCAAGGGUACCAUACUACAAAGUUUCCACGUAUACUACGUAAUGCGUACUGUUAUCUU